CUCACAUAGCGGACCUAUAGGAACCAGGAUCGACUCAGCCAAUAGGGUCAGGGCAGGGGCGUGGCGGGAAGUUUGAAACUUUGAUUCGGGAGUUGAGGAUCGAGCUGUUUUGCACCCAAAGCUGGAACUGGGGCCCGGCAUCCCUUCCUCGCCCGGGCCGGGCCCUGCCCCAUCCUAUUUCUCCUGGUUGAGAUGGGCUCAGCCAAGAGCGUCCCAGUCACUCCAGCGCGGCCUCCGCCUCACAACAAGCUUCUGGCUCGAGUGGCGGACCCCCGUUCACCCAGCGCCGGCAUCCUGCGCACUCCCAUCCAGGUAGAGAGCUCUCCUCAGCCAAACCUGCCAGCAGGGGAGCAGCUGGAGGGCCCUAAGCAGUCCCAGGACUCAGAUCCCCGCUCUCCUACCCUUGGCAUUGCACGGACACCUAUGAAGACCAGCGGAGAGCCCCCAAGCCCACUGGUGAAACAGCUGAGUGAUGUAUUUGAGACCGAAGACCCCACAUUAAGUCUUCCCCCAGAGCCUGUUCUGCCCCUAGAGACACCUUCAUCUUCUCAACUGGACUUGCCUCUGGGCACCCAGUUUUCCCUUGAGGAUCAGAUGCCACCUUGGAGCCAGACUGAGCUCCCCUCCAGGCAGGUGUUUUCCAAGGAGGAAAUAGGACAUGCCUCAGAAACCCCUAUGGCCAGCCAGGACUCAGACAAGCCCUUGAGAGACCCCGAGACUCCUCGAUCUUCAGGUUCUAAGUGCAGCAGAUGGAAACCAAACAGCAAGGUGCUAGGGAGAUCUCCUCUCACCAUCCUGCAGGAUGACAACUCCCCCGGGACUCUGACACCACGACAGGGAAAGCGGCCUUCUCCCCUGAGUGAAAAUGUUAGGGAACUAAAGGAAGGGGCCGUUCUGGGAACUGGACGACUUCUGAAAACUGGAGGACGAGCAUGGGAGCAAGGCCAGGGCCACGACAAGGAAAAUCAGCACUUUCCUUUGGUAGAGAACUAGGGCAUGCACGGCCUCAGCACCGGGACUCACCAGGGGCCUAGUGAUAUUCUGUGUCCUCUCACCCCUUCUUUCCCUGGGAGACUGGAAAGGCUCGUUUUCUUCAACUCCCCCUACACUACCAACUCUGGGACUGAGAGCUUCCUUGGCUUUCUUUGUGUCUUAUGUGUUUCUGUAUAUUAAAGCAAGUGAUUUUAAAUGA